AUGGCUACAUGGUAUAACUUCUUUGGAAGCUCUAAUUCAAGUAUUGAAUCUACUAUAUUCUUCCUCAUUGGGAUACCUGGCUAUGAGGAUUUUCAUCAACUAAUUUCCAUUCCUUUCUGUGUGCUGUACAUGAUUGGCAUUUUAGGAAACAGCACAAUUCUGCAUGUCAUCUACAUUGACAAGAGUCUUCAUGAGCCCAUGUAUUACUUCUUGUCCAUGCUGUCCCUCAUUGACAUGGGCAUGUCUAUCUCUACACUACCCACAGUACUGAGAGUCUUAUGGUUUGAUGCGAGGGAGAUUGAGAUGAACACCUGUAUAGUUCAAAUGUAUUUUAUUCACACCUUUUCUCUGAUGGAGUCAGCUAUGCUUCUAGCCAUGGCUUUUGAUAGGUAUGUUGCCAUAUGUGAUCCUUUGAGAUAUUCCAGCAAACUUACUCCAAAGCGUAUUAUCUACAUAGGAGUCAUCACUGUCGUCAGAUGCUCUAUUGUUGCUCCUGUAGUUAUUGCUCGCAUUCCUACAUUUUCUUUCUGCCACUCCCAUGUUCUCUCCCAUUCUUUCUGCUUGCAUCCAGAUAUCAUCAGGUUGGCCUGUUCUGAUAUUUCUUUCAAUGUUCUGUAUGGCUUGUUUAUUAUUGCUUCUUAUUGGGGCGUAGAUUCUCUAGGAAUCUUUAUUUCUUAUGCUUUUAUCCUUCACUCUGUGUUAAGCAUAUCAUCUCAAGGAGGGAAGCUCAAAGCUCUUAACACAUGUGUUUCCCACAUUUGUGCUGUGCUCAUUCUAUAUGUGCCAAUGAUAGGGCUAUCACUAGUACACCGCUAUGCAAAGCAUUCUUCCCCCAUUAUUCAUAUAACCAUGGCCAAUGUUUAUCUGCUAGUUCCACCAGUACUCAAUCCAAUUAUUUAUAGCAUAAAGACAAAGAAGAUCCGCCAAGGGCUCCUCAGGAUAUUAUCAGGCAAGAAAAUUGGCCUUACCCAUAAUUAG